AUGGAUGGACUGGAUGUUAAAAGUUCACCGAGCGCCAUUCUUUCACACUGUAAAGACCACCAUGGCGCGGUACAACCAGAGGUGUACAGCAACUUCGAGCCCGUCCCGUUCCCGAUCGCAAUUGUUGGCAUGUCGAUGAGGCUUCCUGGCGGUGUCAAUGGUGAGAGGGAGCUCUGGGACUUAUUGAUCAACAAACGCGAUGGCCGUUGCAUAGUUCCCCAGGACCGAUACAAUAUUGAAGCAUUCUACGAUGAGACUCGUCCUGGUGCGAUUCGGACCCAGCACGGCUACUUCCUUCAGCAAGAUAUAUCGCAGGUUGAUGCUGGAUUCUUCGCUAUGAGCAAGCUAGAAGCCGGAAAACUCGACCCGCAACAACGAAUACUGCUUGAGGUUGUAUGGGAAUGUUUGGAAAAUGGGGGUCAACUCCCAUCCCAAUGCCGUGGAAAGGACAUUGGAUGUUAUGUUGGAGUGUUUGGUGAAGACUGGUUGGAUUUGAUGAGCAAGGACACCCAGGCCAUCGAUCGGUUCAGGGUCGUCAGCGCGGCGGAUUUCGCCCUUUCGAACCGAAUAUCCUACGAGUAUGAUCUGCGGGGCCCCAGUAUCACAUUUCGCACUGGUUGCUCUGCGGCCCUUGUAGGUCUACACGAUGCGUGUCAGGCACUAUACACAGGCGAAUGUUCGUCGGCGUUGGUGGCAGGGACCAACUUGAUCAUCACACCAACGACCACUAACGCCGUCUCGGAGACUAUGGCACUUUCUUCAGAUGGAAUUUCGAAAACUUUUGAUGCUUCUGCAGAUGGCUAUGGAAGAGGAGAAGCUGUAAAUGCAAUCUACAUCAAGCCGUUACAUGCAUGCCUCAGGGAUGGGGAUCCCGUUCGCGCUGUGAUACGAUCUACAGCGGUCAAUUGCGACGGCAAGACACCUAGCAUAACAACUCCAGGGUCGCAAGCACAGGAAGCACUCAUCAGAAAAGCUUAUCAGAAAGCAGGGGUUUCUGAUAUCAGUAAAACAGCGUUCUUCGAGUGUCAUGGAACGGGCACAAUCGUUGGCGACACAGCUGAAACAACUGUAAUUGCCAAUGUGUUUGGUCACGAAGGCAUACAUAUAGGAGCGGUGAAACCAAACUUGGGCCAUUCAGAAGGCGCUUCUGGAAUCACCAGUGUGAUCAAGAGCGUACUCGCGCUCGAGCACAGGAUCCUUCCUCCCAAUAUACAUUUCAAUACCCCAAAUCCUAACAUCCCUUUCAAAGAAGCAAAGUUGCAAGUGCCUGUGGAUCCAACGCCUUGGCCGGCAGGUAGAUGUGAGAGGAUCAGCGUCAAUUCAUUCGGUAUAGGGGGUACCAAUGCACAUGUUGUCUUGGAUUCUGCCCUCUCUGUAGGUGCAGUAUCCCAGUCUGGGGUAGCAUCCGACGAGAGACCAGGCGCACCACACCUUCUGCUCACCUCUGCCAAGUCGGCCGCAUCACUGGAUGGCAAUAUCAAAAUAAUCAGCGAUUAUCUACAUGACGCCCCAACUGCUGCUGCAGAUCUUGCAUAUACACUGGCGUUUAAACGAGAGCACAUGCAACACCGAGCCUUUGCCAUCGUGGAAAAAGAUGGAACGAUUUCGACAUUCGAGAAAGCGCGUGCAAUCAACCCGCAGAUCUGCUUCGUCUUCACCGGACAAGGCGCACAGUGGCCAGGCAUGGGACGAGAGAUGAUCCUGAGCUCUGAGAAGUUCCGCCGAUUUCAGGAGGCUAAGUUCGCACAACCCCUUUGUACCGCCAUCCAGGUGGCCCUGGUGGACUUCCUCCGGGAGCUGGGGGUCGUGCCGUCCAUUGUGGUAGGACAUUCGAGUGGCGAAAUUGCCGCGGCGUAUGCUUCAGGAGCAAUUACCGCCGCCUCUGCAAUCAAGAUCGCAUAUUUUCGUGGACUGGCUAUGGAGUUAGCAAAAGGAAAUGGCGCUAUGGCUGCAGUCGGUUUGGGGCGUGCUGAAACAGAGAACUAUCUCAAGAAUGGCGUGGUUGUGGCGUGCGAGAACAGCCCUGAAAGUGUGACCAUCUCUGGAGACGAGCAAGCGGUCGAUGAAAUGUUGAAAGACAUACAAGCACAAGGCGAGGUGUUCUGUCGGCGUCUUGCAGUUAAUGUGGCUUACCAUUCACACCACAUGAAUGAGGUGGGAGAACUAUUCGAGUCACUACUUUCGGAAAUUUGUUUCAAUGAAUCUAUGACUCCACUAGUAUCCACGGUUACAAACGAAACUAUCUCUGACCCUUGCGCUCUGAGCCCCUCAUACUGGAGAAAAAAUGUCGAAAAUCCAGUCAUGUUCAGCACGGCACUGAGCAAGAUAUUGUGUGAUGAUGAAAAGGCUCUAGCGUUUGUUGAAAUUGGACCACACUCGGUGCUCUCUGGCCCCUUGCGGCAAAUCAUCGCCGGUACAAAUUCCAAGCGAAGCUGCUCAUACACAUCAACCCUUAUUCGAAAUGAGGACCAAUGGAGAUGCUUGAUGAGCACGGCUGGGCAGUUGUACGCCCAGGGAAUUUCUCUGGACCUAUCAUCGUUAGUCCGUCCUGCAGCCACAGUGACAGACCUUGCUCCCUACUCGUGGGAUCAUAAUGAAUCCUUCUGGAGUGAGACCCGUCUAACGAGGGACUGGAGGCUUCGGUCAGCUCCCCACCACGAGCUGUUAGGAAGUCGAGCUCUGGAGUCGAGCGACUUGGAACCCGUAUGGCGGAAUAUGUUACAAGCUGAAAAUGUACCGUGGUUAUUGGAACAUAAAAUAGGGGGAGAGGUCGUCUUUCCAGGUGCCGGAUACGUGGCAAUGGUUGGGGAGGCUAUGCGUCAGAUUUCUCAGGUUCCCGAAUAUUCGGUGAAAAAUGUGUUUAUGCGAGCUGCUUUGGUGCUGAAAGAGGCGAAAUUGCAGCACGUUGAGAUCAUCACGAGCCUUCGACCGGUGAAACUGACCGACAGUUUAGACUCCGGUUGGUACGACUUUACAAUCACUGCAUAUAACGAAGGCGAGUGGAAGAAGCAUUGCGUCGGCCAGGUGCGGGCAGAGCGAGAUGGCUUCAGUCAUGAAGAUGGCACAGUAUCUCCAUACUCACGUGAGGUGCCGGCCAAGGAAUGGUACGACGCUUUGGAGAAGCGAGGACUGGAGUACGGCCCCAAUUUUCGCGGGCUUCGAGACAUUACCGCAAGCCCUACAACCACCGAGGCCGCAGCGACGCUAUAUGAGCCUACCGCGCUAACCGGUAGUUGCUAUGCUCUCCAUCCUGUCGUGAUAGACCAAUGUCUCCAGCUGUUGAGUGUAGCAGGAGCCAAAGGAAUUCAGCGUUCCAUGACUCAAUUGUGCAUCCCCACCGCUAUUGAGAGUCUAUACGUUGCGCCCGGACAAGAGGUGAUGUCUUUGAAAUCAACAUGCGAUGCAGCUGGAAACACGUUCACUGGGGAUGCUUUAUUGCUUGCGGGUGAAAAGCCUGUGCUUUCUUUGAGGCGUUGCUUCUUCUUUGGAAUCAGUGAGUCCGCGAUCAACGAUGAAAAUGGCGCGUCCGCCGCAACUUUGCACUGGAAGCCUCAUCUAGAUUUUUUACCACUAGAGAGCCUAAUCCCACCAAUCCCAGCCGACAUAGAUCGCGGGCGAAUGGCUGUGGAGUUGACGAACUUAUUCAUAUUGGAGGCAUACCACCGGACAAGGUCAUCCAGACCAACAAAGGAGCACCUCAAAAAGUACCACAAGUGGUUGCUCUCCCAGUACGAAAGAAUAAAGAGCGAAGACCCCAGCCUUGUAUUCGAAAUGGAUAAGUCUGGCUCCAAUCCCGAAGGGUAUCUGUCGCAGAUCGAAGAGUUCGGCGAAAGCAUCGAGCAUGCUUUGGUGAGCAGUGUAUAUACUGCCGGUUAUGAGAUGUUGUCACAUAUUGCAGGCAUUUUAGAUGACAGCCUCGACGCCCUUGAGAUUAUUAGCGGAAGUGAUGCGGUCAGUAGUAUGUAUCAGGAGUCCUCUCGUCUAUGUCCGGCGGAGAAUUUCCUGUCACUGCUCAGCCAUUCCCGACCAACACUCAGAGUCCUGGAGGUUGGUGCAGGGACAGGCGGCGCCACCUCGGCAGUUCUCGAUGCCCUUUAUGAUGCAACAAAGCACGAGGGUCCUUUGUACUCCAGCUAUACAUUCACUGAUAUUUCAGCUGGGUUUUUCGCAAAAGCAAAAGAGCACUUUAGGACCUUCCCUGGUAUGAUAUACGAGACGUUCGACAUAUCCAAGGACCCUGAGGACCAAGGCUUUGCCGUGGAGGGCUAUGACUUGAUCAUCGCUUCAAAUGUUGUUCAUGCUACCCUGAGAAUAUCGACCUCGCUUCGCAACCUGAACAAACUUCUGGCUCCAGGGGGGUGGCUUUUCCUCACAGAGCUCUGUCCCGGACUCCCCAUGAUCAAUUUCAUCAUGGGUACCCUCCCAGGCUGGUGGAAUGCAGAGGAUUCAAGGGAGACACCAGUGGUUCCUGUCUCACGAUGGCAUCAAGAGCUCCUGGAUGCGGGAUUCACUGGUGUGGAUAUUGUCCGCUACGACAACGAACCACCAUACGAGACUAAUGCUUACAUCCUGUCACGGCGACCUCAGGCCAGGGCAUCUCUAAAUAAAGAGAUUGGUUUCCUUCAUAAGGGCAAGAUCCCUAGUUUGGCGUACACACUUGCACAGGCUUACACACACCAAGGCGUCAAGGUCACUUGGUUGACCUUGAACGACCUGUCUUCUUCGAUAACGGACGUCAUAUCCUUCCUUGACAUGGAUAGCCCUUUCUUGGACAGUCUCUCGGAUGAUGAGUUCCGUGCCUUUCAAGGCUUUCUGUCUAGUGUCAAAGGCCACUGCCUCUGGCUGAUGCCGCCGGUUCAAUUUGGCGGUGGAGAUUCAGACCCUCGAUUCGGCCUAACCCUGGGAUACAUGCGAACGGUAAGGAAAGAAAUCUCUACAAAUUUUGCAACGCUUGAACUCGAGCAGAAUGAAUCUGGUGCAGCAGAGAAGAUUGCGCUUGUAUUCGAAAGAAUCUGUCGACAAUCAGGCAAGAACCCGAUUAAUGAGGACUACGAGUUUGCCCUUAAAGAUGGAGCAGUUCAUGUCGGUCGAUUUCGCUUCCAAUUCCUCCACCAAAUGAUGGCUGCCGAUGAUAGCUUCGAGCAGAGAUCUUUAGAUAUUGGGUGCUUCGGUAUCUUUGAUUCUCUGACUUGGGCUCUGGAUGGGCGUGUGGGACAGCUUGGGGAACACGACAUAGAAGUGGAUAUCCGCUUUGUGGGGCUCAAUUUCAGAGACAUCAUGAUAUCGAUGGGAUUGAUGGGAGAAACUUCCGAGAUCGGACUUGAAGCGGCCGGUAUUGUCCGCAAUGUGGGAUCAGGGGUACAGAAUAUUCAAGUCGGAGAUAAGGUCUCAAUUUUUGGAAAGGGCUUAAUGGGCACUCGAAAAAUAGUGCCCGCAGAGACUUGUCUUGUGCUCCCGGAAGGAUUGUCCCUCAAAGAUGCAGCAGCAGGUCCCUGCGUAUUCUCCACCGCUCUCUACUCGUUGGUGAAGUGCGGAAAUCUACAAAAGGGGCAGACAGUUCUGAUCCACAGCGCGUGCGGCGGUGUCGGCUUGGCCGCAAUUCAGAUAUGCCAGUCAAUUGGAGCCGAAAUAUUCGCCACGGUCGGAAGCUUAGAGAAGAGAAAACAUCUUAUGGGAGAGUUCAACCUUCCCGAGGAUCAUAUAUUUGAUUCGAGGAGCGUUAGCUUCCAUAGGGAUGUGAUGAAGGCGACUGGUAAUAGAGGAGUGGAUCUCGUUCUGAACUCUCUUUCCGGCGAACUAUUGCAUGCCUCUUGGAAAUGUGUUGCCCCCAUGGGUAAAAUGAUUGAGUUGGGUAAGCGUGACUUCCUCGGUCAUGGUAAGCUGGAUAUGGACCUCUUUAUGGGAAACCGAACCUUCAUUGGUGUGGAUCUUCUUCAAAUUGGCGAGCAGAAUCCUGAGGUUAUUCGAAGCUUAGUGCAGCAAUUUGCUCAUUCUAUCGAACAAGGGAAGCUCCGUCCUAUCCGGCCUGUUACUGUUUUCAAGGCGUCCGAUAUUGCUAAAGCAUUUAGGCAUAUGCAGACUGGCAAACACAUGGGCAAGAUUCUGGUGGAAAUGCCAGAAAAACCAUCUGAUUUACAGGUGUCUAAGCUGCAGGCUAAAGGGGCCCUGUUCCGCAGUGAUGCUUCUUACUUGUUGGUUGGUGGGCUUGGAGGUCUCGGGCGUGCAGUGGCAAGAUGGAUGGUGGAGAAGGGCGCCCGGCAUUUGCUAUUCAUGUCCCGGUCUGGCUUGGAGACAACCAAGGCUCGAGAAUUUGUCCUGGAUAUGGAAUCUCAGGAGAAUUGUCACAUUCAGGUAGUGACAGGUGAUGUCACCAAUAUCAACGAUGUUGAACGGGUCGUAUCUGCCGCGGUACGGCCCAUAGCGGGAAUUAUGCAAUUAUCCAUGGUGCUACGAGAUCAAACGUUAGAUAAAUUGGCAUACGAGGAGUGGACUGAGGCACUCGCUCCGAAGGUCCAAGGCACGUGGAAUAUUCAUCACGCAACGCGAAAUUGCUCCUUGGAUUUCUUCGCUCUACUUAGCUCUGUCUCUGGUACUGCCGGUCAUACAGGACAAGCAAAUUAUGCGGCUGCCAAUACCUUCUUGAACGCUUUUGUCACUUAUCGUCACUCCAAAGGGCUACAAGCUAGUGUACUCGAUAUUGGCUUUAUGGGAGAUAUUGGAGUUGUCGCUGAAACAUCCCAUAAAAUUAGGGAAAUGGUGGAAAUGAGCUCAUGGGAAGUGCUGGAAGAGCCUGAUUUACUCAAGGCCCUGGAAAUACAAAUCAUGCGAGGUGCUCCCCACCUUUGCAUAGGAAUGGGAACAACGAAACCAGUAUCACAGAUCGAGAACGGCAGCACGUUUGGGCAAGAUGCACGCUUCCUGGCGUGGCAUAACAUGCUAACUGCGUCGGAAGGUGGGAGAGCUAAUCAGGAUAACGAGCUCAAAACGUUGGUCAACGCGGUCAAGCGCGACCCCUCUCUUCUCUACGAUCCAGCUACUGAGACCAAGAUUACGCUCGAAAUCGGUCGAAUGGUUGCCUCGAACAUGUCCUAUCCCGAUGACAUGCCGUAUGAGGAGCUAUGUGAGAUUGCAAUUGACUCGUUGAUGACCAUCGAGAUACGUAGCUGGUUCCGGCGAAAUGUCGGCGUUGAGGUAUCACUCGCUCAGAUAUCGAAGGCACAAAACGUCAAAGGACUCGGCGCGAUUACCAUGCAGGUCCUCCGUGAGAAGCACAAGUCCGGGGAGCUUGAGAACGCGAAGGGGUCUCUUGUCGGUAACGGCAAAGACGAUGUUGAUGAGAGCGUGCUCUAUCGGGCGGACUUGGAGUUGGCUAAGUCUCUAGAGCCAAUAUCAGAGCACGUUCCGUGCUGGCAUUCCGAAUCUGAAGGACGGGUGUUUGUGACCGGAUGCACCGGGUUUCUGGGUGCCUUCUUUCUCUCUACUCUAACUAGUCACCCGCGGGUGAAGGAGAUCGCGUGCUUGGUGCGAGCGCCAGAUGCCGCAGCAGGCUUGGCACGUAUCAAGGAGAACCUGGAGCACUACGGACUGUCAUUGGACUCUGAAUCUAAAGUCAUCGUGGUACCUGGCGAUCUCACCGACUCGACACUGGGACUCGGGCAAGAGAAGUACGAACAUUUCGCUCAAUGGACCAGUGUUAUCUUCCACCUUGCCGCCCAAUGCAACUACAUGCCUUCAUACUCGGAGCUCCGCGGCGCCAAUAUCCAUGGGUUCUCGAAUAUUCUUCGGUUCGCCAAUACGAAGCGCCUCAAGCCCGUACAUUAUACCUCCAGCAUUUCAGCCUGCGGAACAUCUGCAUAUCUCGAGGGUAGGGAGCUUAUCGGCGAGAAUGAAAGACCCGUCCUCAACACUACGGGCUCCGAAAGAAAGCUUGUCGGUUACAGUGAGACCAAGAUCGUGGCCGAAAGCAUCGCCUGGGAUGCCAUCGCAAACGGCAUGCCAGUAACCAUCCAUCGCCUACCAGUCAUAUCCGGCCACAGCAAAACAGGCAUUGCCAACCCCACGGACGGUUUCCAACAUAUGAUGGUCAGCGCCAUUCGCGUUGGAUGCUACCCCUCUCCCCCGGCCGCCCGCUGUCAGAUGAUCCCAGUCGACUACGCCAGCUCAGCGAUCCUGGAAAUCGCGCUCAGCAAUCAUCACAGCCAUGCCUACAACCUUGUCAUACCUGACCAGUCUCAUACGCUGACAUGGGAUGAUGUUCUGGACACGGUGGCACAUUAUACGUCCCCCCCGUUGAAACGGGUAUCGGCUUUAGAGUGGGCUGAUAUUGUGGCAACGCAUGGUGAACACCAUUUCAAAGUCGCGUCGACGUUCUUGCAGGAUAAAAUUCGGGAAUUAUUGGUGUACUGGGAGGCGGAGACGAUGACGAAGACUGUGUAUGAGAAUGCGAAUAGUCGGCGUGUUUUGCUUGCGUCGUCGGAUAUGCCGGAGUUGCCUUCUAUGCUGGAGCUGUUGAGUAAGUACUUUAAGGUUUGGCAGAAGGAGGAGCAAAAGCAGCAUCGGUGA